GCUAGGAAGUUUGAAAGUGGGUUGCGUGGACCGAUACAGGAUCGAGUUAACAUGCUCAACAUGCCGACUUACGCCGGAGUGUUAGACAAGGCCAUCCUAGCAGAAGCUAACUUGAACCGAUAUCAGAGUUCAGCAGAGAGCUAGAGGAAGAGACAAAACUAUGAGAAUCGCCGGGUACCGUUUAAUGCCAAGAAGGCGGCGAAUAUGGGCUGUUCCAGCAACUCAAAUUGGGAAGGUGAUACUAAGCCGACGUGUGCAAGUAGUGGGAAGCCACAUUUUGGGGUCUGUCGUUGGGCGUCAGGAGCUUGCUUUGAAUGCGGCGAGAUAGGCCAUCGUGUGAAGGAUUGUCCGAAGACAAAGGCUGACGAUGGUAAGAAGAAUGGGAACACUUCGGGCUCUGCACAGAAAAACAUCGGAAGGGCGUAUGCGAGGCAGGGCAGAGUUUUUACAUUAGUGUCAGGAGACACCCAGAGUGCGGAGACAGUAGUGUCAGGUUCUCGAAGGAAGAUCUUACCGACUGCAGCAUCCUUGGGUUGGAAUUGUAAACCGUUCACAGGCUGAUAUAAAUAGAAAUGUUGACAUGCUUGAUGCUAGGCGUAGGGAGCGUGAAUUCUUUGCCACCAAUCCUGACUAUGGACACUCAGCCAGCAGAAUGGGUUCAGAAUAUCUUGCA